UUUAAUAACGUCUUUAAGGUGUGGUGGACAACUCAGGAUACACUUUUCACGAGGUUUUCAGGCACAAGCGAGGUAGCUAUUGCGUCACAGCUUCCAAGAUUUCCUUUCGGAAUAAAAUCAUAUUUGCGGAUGUCGUAAUACAUGAGAUCGAAAGUUCGCGUCGCGUUGCCAAAACUAGGCCUAAUAUAACACUCGCAUGAAAAUCAACUUUUGCUCUUUGAGAGGAAUCGAUCCUGUGCCCUCAAACCCUCAAACCACAUAAUCCGGCUUGUACAUUUAUAUCCGACUCUUCAAAGCGCAUGCACGCACGUUUUUAAAUAUUGGUACUUUGGCACAUUUUGGAAUCGAAUCAGAAACAUGAAAUUAAGUAAACAUGCAGCGAACCAGUGUUGAAUAACAUAUUAUAACAACUUUAGUCGAGACUUAGGUCAGAGUCAGACAGACGUUUAUCGAAUUCCAACUGUUAGCUUUUGUCUUCAGCAAUGGAACCUGCUAUUUCCAUGGUUGCCAAACGCCUUGUUUAUUGACGUUGCCUAGAGUAAAAAGCAUUGCCUUUGACCGCAUAAGUUCGUGGCAAAACGAGUUCAAAACGUUAUAUAUAUAAGAUACAGGUGUUUGGUUUCCUUUUUCAAACUGCGAAACGUUGGACACGCAAACGUCGUCAAUUUUUUUAGAGUCGUAGCUACGUUUUCUACUUUUCAAACUAUAUACUAAAAUGGCGGGCAACUUGUCGAAGAAUAUGGCGAUUGGGGCGGGUGUUAUCGGAUUCAUUCUGAUAAGUUGUGGAUUGGGGUGCGCCGUCGCCGGCUUCGUGUGGACGGCUUAUGGAAAAGGAGCCCAAGGAAUUUGGUCCGGAAUUUUCAUGAUUGUGGUCGGAGCAUUUGGCGCGGUCACUUUGUGUACUAAAAUGAAAGGAAUUAUGAUCGUCUUUUUGGUCAUGUGCAUCAUCGAUAUGAUUCUCAACGCUAUCCAAGCAAUUAUUGCCGCGAUCGUCCUUGCUCUUGUGGGACUGUUUAAAGAUGCUCUAGAUAAUGAUAGAUGUUCAGAAUACAGGGGACAAUGUACUUGCCGAUUAGAAGGGGACACGUCGGGAGUAGAUGCGAAUACUUUUACUUUCGAUGGCUGUGAUGAUAUUGAUGUUAUGAUGGCAAGCAUGAGAGCUGUGGUUGCGUUCUCUAUCCUUGGUAUAAUUGCAACAUUUGCUGGUUCUAUCAUUGGUUGCAUCGGAGCCUGUUGUGACAAGAGCGGGCCGGAUACACCUGGAGUGGUUGUCAUUCAACAGGGGCAACCAAUGCAAACGACAACUGUGCAAACCUUUCACCAUGGCGCACCACAGCCACCCCCACCUCACCAGCCAUAUCCUCCUGCCGACAACCAGCCGUAUCCUGCUGCCAACAACCAGCCAUAUCCUGCUGCCGACCCUGAAAGUGGAUUAACAAACCCGGGAUAUUAAUUAUUAAGUAAUAUGUUUAUAUAUUGUGAACUGUUUUUAAAACAUAAAAAAGCUUCAAAAGAAGCCGCGCUUCAAACACAACUGCACUAUACUAAUUCAAACUAAAAAUAAUGAAAUAUUAGGAAAUAACUGUAAUAAUGUUCCUCUAAAGCCGAGACAUUCGAGUGUCCAUCCUGAGCACUUCAUUUUGUACGGUUUUUUUAAACAACUUAAUUAAUUCGUCAUUCACUGAAUGGAUAUCGCGGGCAGAUAUACAGGAGACGGUAGACCAGCCAACGAUCUCAUAAAGGCAACAAAAUAAGUGAAUAGAUCGUAAAUAGAUCGUUCCAGUUCGUAGCUAUUUCGUCAGGUUGGGUAGAGGAAUGGACGUCGUUCCAUGUGCCCUGCAGGUUUGCAACAAUAGUAGGCGAAAGAUUUAAAGAAAUAUUACGAGGGGAUUAUAAGUAUCCAUUUUUCUAUUUGUAAUAUACUAUCUUGUAUGAAAUAUUUUUUACAUUAGUUGUAUAGUAAAAUGCAAUACACUUCAUGCC